AGGGUUGUGGCAGAAAAUCUCCAAGCAGUGAUAUAGGACGUGCCCAGACUGGACAAAACAUGCUAAUUGUCUGUAGGGGAUUCCAAACUUAAACUCAAAAUGAAGACAGAGCGAGCAGGCUACUUAAGGGUUUUCAGCUCCCUUGCUGUACUUCAUGUUACAUACCUUCUUGCCAUCCAAACAGGCCUUGUGGAAGUAGUAAACAUUACUAGCCAUGUCCAACAUAUACAUGGAACAGUUGGCAAGUCUGCUCUCCUAUCCGUGCAAUACUCCAGCUCAAGCCGUGAUAAACCGGUGGUUAAAUGGCAAGUGAAAAGAGAAAAGCUUGUCACUGUGGUGCAGUCCAUUGGAACAGAAAUCAUAGGAAAUUUGCGCACAGACUACAAGGAUCGAAUACAGAUACUUGAAAAUGGCUCUCUCUUGAUAAAGAAUCUCAUGUUGUCAGAUGAAGGGACAUAUGAGGUUGAGGUUUCCAUUACAGAUGAUACCUUUACUGGGGAGAAAUCAAUCAACCUAACUGUGGAUGUUCCUAUUUCAAAGCCUCAAGUCGUCAUUGCUUCAUCUACUGUUCUAGAACUUACUGAGAACUUCACUCUUAACUGCUUCCACGAGAAUGGUACAAAACCUUCCUACACCUGGUUGAAAAAUGGGAAACUGCUGAGCAACGAUUCAAGAAUAAUCUUGUCCCCAGACCAUAAACUACUCACUAUUACCAGAAUUAUAACGUCAGAUGAUGACAUCUACAGUUGCACGGUACAUAAUCCUAUCAGUAAUGGACGCAGUGUUCCCAUUAAACUCACUGUCUAUAGAAGAAGUUCACUCUACAUCAUCCUUUCAACAGGAGGAAUAUUUCUGCUGGUUACCUUGGUAACAGUUUGUGCUUGUUGGAAGCCCUCCAGGAAAAAGAAGCAAAAAUAUGAAAAGCAUGGUUCCUCUGAAUAUCUAGAUCGAAUGGGAGAUCCUCUUAAAAAUGAAGUUGAAAUUAUGUCACGGAGUGGGGAGCCUGAAUGUAAGAAUCCUGUUGCUUUAUACAAACUGAAAGAUAAGGAAUCUACUGAAGUAGAAGAAGACUCACCAACAGAAUCCAGAGCUGCAUCUGAUCAUGGGUCUCCCAGUUAUGUCAGUAAUGUAUCUUCUGGCAGAUCCCCUGGCCCUCCAAUUCCCUCUGCACACAAGUGCCACCACUCCCCAGCACAGUCAUCACCUUCCACCAGAGAAAAUGUAUCUCCAUCUAGUUCACCUGCCGUGAGUUCUGAACACAGAAUUACUGCUCGAUCUGUUCGGACAGUUGGAGCCCACAGUAAAAAAGAAGAAAAUGAAGAAGAUAGAGCUGUGGAAAGCAACAACUAAUUCUAGUAAUGUUCAUGGCUAUGCUAUAGGAAUUUGAGCUGCAUGCCAUUCACACAAUCAGUAUGACUGGGACAAUUUAAAGGGAUACUAUCAUUAUAAAUCAUUAUAUAAUUGCCCAUUCCCCUUCAUGCUAUUUAAAUCCCAACCUCCUGUUUAAAUGUAUAAAUGCAUCAAUGUUUCUUCUAAUUUUCUUUAAGCCAUGUCUACAACAAUGAUAUUUUUUGUGCACUUUGAAAAAUCUGCAGAUGUGUGGUCAAAUAAGUCCCAAAAUAUUUGGUUUUGCUCAAAAUACUUACCAAAAUUGGUUCUGGCCUCAAGAAGAUUUUGUGACACCUACUUUUUUAGGCUUCUGGUCCUGGGGGGUUAUUUACUAAAACUCAAAUUUAUUUAAAAAUUAUUUCAAAAAACCCUCAAUAAUAAUUGUAAACCCAAGUCAUACAAAUUUUUCAAAUUUGACGCCCAAAUUGCUUGAUUUUUGGGUUAUCACCCGAAAACACUGAAUUUUUUUUACAAUUUUGGACACA